CUACACGUCGUCCAUCUUCGAAUCCAGCACCCGUGCUGGCACUCUCUGGUACAUGCUGCUCAUAAACGCCAUGGCGACGCCAGGCGGCCUGCCUCCCUGAGUUCUGCGCCACGCGCUGUUCGACGCGUCGGAGGUUUCGUCCUCACGAUGUGGAUGGGCAAGUUUGGGCGGCGGACGUUCCAGAUGUGGGGUUUUUUCGGCAUGGCCGUGUGCAUGAUCGCCGUCGGCCUCUCGUACGAGUCUGCCCCCAUGCUGGUGCUGGUGUUGGCCUUCGGCGUUCAGAAGAUCUUCGACUCCGGAGGUCCUGGCGCCACGACCUUCAUCAUCCCCGGCGAGAUAUUCCCCACCUCCGUGCGCGCCACUUGCCACGGAGUGUCGUCGGCCGCGGGCAAGCUGGGGGCCUUCGCGGGGAUGUACCUCUUCUAG